AUGAUGUGUUUGUCUCGGGCUGCAAGCCUCUUGUUGGUUUUUGCAACGCACAUCGCUGCAGAGGAUAAGCCGAUUUUCGACAAAGUGCUAUAUAGCACACACGCGAGUCUCGGCUUAGACAAUCUCCACAAAACUUGGUACAAUAAUAAUACUGGCCUCUGGGGUGAGCUCUGGUGGAACAGUGCCAAUGCCUUGACGACCGUCUGCGACCUGGUCCCGGUAGAUCAACUCAGCUCGAGGCAAUGUGCCGUCAACCAAUACCGGGUCCUAAUCGAAAACACAUUCAGCCAAGCACAGCAUGUCGAAGUUCGGACAUUCAAGUCUAGGAACCUCGAUAAUGGUGGUAUGACGGAGUCUCACUACUGCAUCAACGGCGUUGGCGGCGCUUGUGCCUUGAAACGAGACGGUUCUCUCAUCAAGCGAGGCUUCAAAAAUUUCCUCAAUAACUUUUACGAUGACGAAGGCUGGUGGGCUCUUGCUCUUAUUCGUGCCUGGGACGUCACGAACAACCAGACGUAUCUGGAGGCUGCUGCCACUAUAUUUGAGGAUAUGAAGACUGGCCUGGGCGGCCCUUGCAACGGUGGCAUCUACUGGAGCAAGGACCGACAAUAUGUCAAUGCAAUCGCAAACGAGCUCUACCUCACUGUCGCCGCAUCGCUCGCGGUCCGGGUUCCGGGCGAAAAGACAUUUCUGCAGAUUGCCAAGGAUCAGUGGAGCUGGUUCUCUAAGAGCGGCAUGAUCAAUUCGGAUAAUCUGAUAAACGAUGGUUUGGAUGGUAACUGCAAGAACAACGGCCAGGCGACUUGGACCUACAACCAGGGCGUCAUCCUCGGCGGCCUUGUCGAGUUGUCACGUGCCACCAACGACAAGAGUUUAUUAGAGGAAGCCUCCAAGAUUGCGAAAGCAGCUAUUGGUAAAUUCUCCAACAAAGAUGGUAUCCUGGAGGAAAAUGGGGGCUGCGAGUACCAACCUGGUCGAUGUGGUCAGGACGGUCAGCAGUUCAAGGGGGUCUUUAUUCGGAACUUGAACUACCUUCAACUUGCUGCUCCUGACGAACAGUUCCGCUCUUUUAUUCUCAAAAAUGCAGACGCUAUUUGGGACAAGGACUGCCAAGACUGCACAAGCAAGGAUGUCGCACUUCUUGGUGUUGCUUGGGCAGGACCGUAUUUCAAUGCUACGAUGCCGACACAGAGCAGCGCUCUGGACGCCAUAGUUGCAGCAGUUUACGUCGCGCCUGGAGGGAAGCAGGUAGAGGUCCCCCGUCCUUCAACUACGCACCUUUUUGAUAAGACAUACUCCAAAGAGGAUAGUUAG